AUGCAACAGCGCCGUUCUAGAAAACACCAUGUUCCACCUUCAUCAGUUGAUCAUGCUGAAUCCUCUUCUCCAUCUAUUGUCAAUAUUGCCCAAAACAAUUUUGUCUCAAAGACCUCUAAAGGUGAAGAGGUUCAGAAGAUGUUGGAUAUUAUCUUAAAUGCUAAAAAUCUGAUUGUCAUUUGUGGUCCAGGGGUAUCUGUUCCUGCUGCAUCUGAAUUUCCAGUUCAUCCUUUUGAAUUACUGCUUCCCAUAAUAUGGCAGGAACCCACCAAGUCAUCAUUAGUGUUCCAGACCAUGAUGCACCAUCUAAAGAGAGCACCUAUCAAAAACCUGCUUUAUCAGGCUAUUCACUCUCUGGACCGCCGUGGCAAUCUUUUGAGAGUCUACACUCAAAAUAUUGAUGCCAUGGAAAAAACCACUGGACUGUUGUCCUUUGGAGUUCCCAACUCAUUUCAGAUAGGGACACCUGAUUGUCCAAGAUGCAUUCCAUUGCUAGGACGUCUGGACCAGAUGUCUUGCACUUCUUGUGACAAUGUGGCACCAUCAGCCAUAUUUUUGGAUCAGUCUCUCUCAGAUGGACUUCCUAUAUGCACUGACUGUCCAACAUUCACCCAUAGUUUUGGACAUCAUGGCAUUAGACGUCCAAAUAUUGUGGUUUGUAAAGAGGAGCAGCCAAAUUUGCAUUCAGUUCUAGCUCAUGAUGAGAACCUUGUGGAUGUAGUGUUGGCUGUGGGUGUUCAUCCUAUUCCUCACUCCAACCUUCCUGGUAUCACCAAACAAAUCACCCAAGCUGCACAUUCCAGAGCUCAGGAAGGAAUUCCUGCAUCUAUCCUGCUGAAUCUGGAUACAUCUACUUUGGAGAGAACUGGAAUUCAAGAUCUCUUCCAAGUAUCUUUGGCCCUAGACUUGCAAGAGUUUUUUGGAAGCAUUAUUCUUGCUGCCCAUCAAGAUGCCAUUCAUAAUCCUGCCAGCAAUACUAUGCUAAUACCCAGGAGCCUGGUGCUUAAUGAGGAAGGAAAGGAAGAAGAAGGUGAUGGUGAAGAUGAUGAUAGUAAUAACCACAAAUUAUUGCUGACUCUGACACCUUGGUAUUUUCCUGAUUUUUAG